AUGGAUCCCGCGUCCGCCACCGCCCCCGCGGUCGCGGCGGUUACAUCAUCAACCACCACGGCCUCAGAUCCUGCGCAGACGUCGCUGCAACAAAAGUCCCUUCGCCUGCAAUCUGUGAAGGAGAUCCGGGCACUGCCGUCCUUCCAACCAGACCUCUACCAGCGCGGCUGGUUUUCUAUACCACACCCCACACUCCCGCUCUUGGCUACCGCCCACAACAAAUCCGUCACCAUCUUUUCUCUCACCACAUUCUCUGCUCACAGUUCAUUGACCGGCGGCCACAGUAGGUCCAUCCGCUCGGCCACAUGGAAGCCAAGCUUACCGCCCAAUAAGCUGUGCCUGGUCACGGGCAGCUUCGACUCGACUGCGGGUCUGUGGCGCUAUGAACAGAACGACCAGUCGGGCAGCGGUGCGCGCCUGGAGACGGAGAUCACGGCCGGACGCCGGCGGGUGGGCAACGGCGACAGUGACGACAACGAUGGCGAAGAUGACGACGAAGACGACAACGACAAGGGCGACGAGGAGGACGACGGCUGGGAGUUUACGCUCGUGUUGGAGGGCCAGGAGCAUGAAAUCAAGAGCGUCGCGUUCUCGCCCUCGGGCCAGUACCUGGCGACGUGCAGCCGCGAUAAGUCCGUCUGGAUCUGGGAAGACGUCGGCGGCGACGAGGACGACGACGAAUGGGAGACUGUGGCCGUACUCAAUGAGCACGAGGGUGACGUCAAGUGUGUCACCUGGUGCCCCGACGUGCCCGGCCGCCGCAGCGGUAGUGGGCGCCAUUACAGCCUGGACGUGCUGGCCAGCACCAGUUACGACAACACAAUCCGCAUCUGGCGCGAGGACGGCGACGGCGAGUGGGUGUGCGUGGCCGUUCUUGAGGGUCACGCGGGCACCGUUUGGGGGGUGCAGUGGGAGACCGACCUUGAGCGCAAGCGCUUUCCUCGUUUGUUGACGUGGUCUGCCGACCAGACUCUACGUAUCUGGGAGCUGGAAGAGGAAGACGAGGAUGCGGAGGUGGGCACUGACGGGAAAGGCAGCGGCCAAGGCGCGAACCCACUGUUCCGCAGCAAUCUUGGUGGUGUCCCCAACACGAUGCGCCGCUCCCUGCACGAGCCAUGGACCUGUACGGCCGUGCUACCACGCGCCCAUACGCGAGAUAUCUACUCCGCGUCUUGGAGUGGAUCCAACGGCCUGAUUGCGAGCACGGGCAGCGAUGGCACAGUGGUGGUGUACGCCGAGUUUGAUGGCCCGGCACCAAGCGACAAGGAUGAUGUGACGACCGAGGACGAGGCUGCCGCUAUGCUUGACGGAGAUGUUCACAUGACCAACGGCAAUAACAACGCGCCAGCUGCUUCGAAUGGUCGCAGUCGCAGCCCAGGACGUGUCGCCAACCAUGCCCAUAAUCACGCACACGGCCACGACCACGCUCAUGAUCAUGCUCAAGAACACGACGAGCAAAGCCGGCACCAAACUCAUUCCCAUGCCACUCACCACAGCAACGCCCCGGCCAGGCACUGGCGUGUUGUCGGCAAGGUCGCCAGCGCUCACGGGCCGUAUGAGGUCAACAAUAUCAUAUGGUGCCGCCGCUUUGAUGCCGGCACCGAUCGGAGAGGCGUGGAGGAAAUGCUGGUGACAACUGGUGACGACGGCGUGGUGCGGCCAUGGGAAAUUAUUACAUAG